AUGACUGUAAAUCCUUUCAGUCUCCAAGCUUUGAUCUGGGCCUUACCAACUCCGAAUAAAAAAGAUCAAAGCGGUCGCAACUGGCUCUCAUGGGCAGCUGAAUAUCGCGAUGACGAAAUUGUGCUGUAUUGUCUUCAGGUUAAGGACAAGGUGGACAUAAACAUUUGUGAUGGAACCGAAGACGGCUUUUCCAAGACUCCAUUAAUCUGGGCGUUGGAGGGGAGAAACGAGCGUAUGAUAACUAUGUUGAAAGAUGGUGACACCUCUUCUUUGCACCUAUUGGUCGAAGGUAUAAGUUCAAUUGAACAAGAGAAGAUAUUGGACUUGGUGACGAGACUUGUUCAGGCAGACUAUAAUCUCAAUCAGCCCGACCAGAAAGGCAGAACUCCUUUACACCUUGCAUGUCUUGGGGGAAGCCAGAAGCUUGUUUCCGCUUUGAUCGAAGCUAAUGCAGAUCUGAAUGCCAUAGAUCAUGCUGGAGAGAUCCCUUUGCAAUAUGCUCUGAGAGCGCGAAACAAAGCUGUCGUGGGUCUACUGCUCAAUGUUCUAUCAACCGACCUCAAACCUGUUCAGUCACAGCAAUGGUUCAACCUGGGAGACAAAAGUCUUCUUUGGAUUCAAAUCACUAGGAGGGCUCAGAGUCAGGGCGUUGAACUGGAAUUAAUCAAUGAUCGUGAAUGCGACUGGCUGCCCGAUGCGAAAGAGGCAAGACUUUGCAUUUGUGAGGAAAGGUCAAUAUGGUCGCGCUUACCGGAGGUAUUUGAUGUUCAUGUCAUGCUCAGCAACAAGAGCUGUUACUGGAACUAUGCUCAGAGAGAUUUUGGCCAUCGGUCCGUAAACUAUAUCUCGCUAAUCUUUCCUUAUGAACAAGGGAAAGAUAAUGGUCCAUGGGGAAUUGCCUGGAUUAAAAGGAGGACAGUGGAAGGCUUUGCUCAGGGAUUUAUCAGCAUGCUUCCUAGUGGCUGGGUUCCCAAUGAUCCGUCGGACUUUUUCAAAUUAUUUCUUGAGGCUUUACACCAGAAGUGGAAAGCAAGCUGUUUUGAUGCCAAUGAAAGGAUUGAGUUAUUGAGACAUGACCAAGUCAAAAAAUGCGGGAGGAGCCGCGGUCUAGUUGAUGAGCUUGCCAAGAAUGCACUGCAGCGUGCAGACCUUCGGCGAUGCCUGCAAUCGCACAUCGAGGGACUCAAUGAAGUGGUCACCACUAAUCUUUCACUUGAACCAGACCCUCAACUUAAAGAAAUUAUCCACGGGAUUGAUCAAGAAGUGAGCGUGAAGCUUGACAAAAUGGAACAGGCUGUACGAGAUCUGUUACAGAUUGUGCGUAAACUCACCGAAAAUCUUCUUCCAGGCACUAAGAUCAACCGAACAGGUGCUUGCAUGGGUUUCCACAAACGAGGCGGCAAGUUUUAA